AUAUACAGAGUUAGAGGAGGACUUGAAGAGCUUUGGAGUAAAGGAAGACUGAAGCCUCUUGUGUUUAACAGCUGAUUGGCUGCUGCUUCUGUCCUUCUUUCUGAACUUCAGCGCAGAGGAAUCCCUUAAGAAUACAAGACUUGUCAAAAUGAACUUGUCCUACUUGGUAGCGUGUGGACUUAUAGUCACCCUGCUUUCAGUGAGGAUGGGGGCAAAACCUUUAUCUCAAGCGCAGCAGAAGUCUCUUAGAAGUUUGCUGGGCGAGGAGCUGGCGGAGUUUCUGGAGUCGGAGGAGAGGGAGAGGAGGCUAGACGCUGUACGCUCUCGGAUACGGUUACUGCGAGAUUUACGCAUGGACACCCGGGCCAGAGGGAUGUGGGCUCGUCUCCUUAACGACCAACCCGCACCCAGGAGACACAAAUCCGGAAACAAGAAAGGGGGUUCCACGACGCGGAGUGGCUGCUUUGGACACAAGAUGGACAGGAUAGGAACCAUCAGCGGCAUGGGUUGCUAGGGCUGGAGCAGCGCUCUGAUGAUCUCUGAACGAAGGGUUUGGAUAACAAAGGUUCUGUUUGUUCUCACCUGAGGGGGAAAAAAGAAAAACUCACCAAGUGACAUUUUCGGUACGAAAGUCAUCACGACCAGCAUAAACAAAGACAGAGAUGACAAUGCUACAAAAAUUUCAUAUACAUAUAUAUAACAAAUAUGCAGGCAUAUAUACAUAUAUAAAUAUGUGUAUAUUAUCCAAAUGGUCAACAGACACAAACACAGAUGCAUACUACAAGAUGGCGGACAAUGGUGUAAAAACUACAAACCGCAAAGCUGUAUAUUGUUGCUGCUGCUGCUGCUGCUGUACAUUCAUGUACUUCAUCUUUCCCUGCAUAAAUGUAUUUAUGUUUAAAAAACUAUUUAUAUGUUUAUAAAAAGAGAUAUUUAUAAAUAUGAGUUUUAUUUAUGUAACAUUUUGAAAAUGGAUGCAAACUGCAGGUCAAUUCUGUUUGUAACUUUUUUCUUUUGUCUCAAAUAGUUGUAAAUGUUUUCAAAAAUGAUAAAAAGAACAUUCCAUGUGCACUCACAUGUGUCCUCUCA